CAUGGAAGGAUAGAGUAACCGAUUCAGCGUUUGAAUGGCACAGCAGUCUGCAAAUAAAGCUCUGUCUAAAUAUUAGUUAAAUACCAUAGAGCCUUUAUUGUUACUGGAAACUAUCGUUUUUGCUUGCCAAACUUUCGCAAACGAUAAUUCGACGUAUAACACAGAGCCGCUCAGCCGUUCCUUGGCUUGGCUUCUUGGAGACCUCAUGACACAUUGGCUUAAUAUUUCAUUGAUUGAUGGUUUGUUCAUAUAUCAGUGAGGAAAAGGAUCAUUUUUAGCUCAUUAUGCGAAAUUCGACAGUGUCUGCCUUUGAGUUAUUGAUAUCCCUGCCUACAGCAAUUAUUGUAUAGCAUAACAAUUUCGUGGCUUUAUCUGGAAAACUGUAGCCCAGUUGAGAUGGAAUAUUUCUGAGUAAUUUUUUGGUUGGUUCGCGUCAACCAAUCCAUGGUGCAGUGGUUUGGUUAAGAAGAUUGCAACAACAGGUUAUGUUGGGUUCCUGGAUUCAGAACAAAGGCAGUUCGGUUUUAACUCAAACGGGUGCGAUGAUUCUGGCCAUCUUCUUCGUGGCACUAGUAAGUGUGACUCACGCCGCGCGGUUCAACGACCGCGACAACUGCCAGCUGGUAAAAGUAUCUCGUUGUGCUGACUUUAAUUACAACUAUACAUUAUAUCCCAAUCUAUUGAUGCACCAGAGACAGGAUGACGCGGAGAGUGACCUACGACAAUACGAUUUGCUAGUUCAAAGUGAAUGCUCGCCGCACCUCCGCUUCUUUCUGUGCGUCUUGUUCGUACCAGUAUGUACUGUACUCAAUAAGCCCUUGCCGCCCUGCCGCUACUUGUGUGAGCAGGUUCGUGCGGGCUGUGAAACGCUGCUUAACAGAUAUGGCUUUCAAUGGCCUGAGCAGUUUUACUGUUCGAGAUUUCCACGUUCAAAAGAUGACAUUUGUGUUGGCAAUCCGCAAGCUGAGAAGGGCGGGCAGAUAGAAGAUAAGACCAAGCCAACGACAGUCACCGGUAAAGAUGGCUCCGUAGACGGAGAAGAGGGUCAGCACGUGAUAAUUAAAUGUACUGCGAAAGGCACCACUGUUCAUAUACGGAAAGUUAGGCACUCCGGAGGAUCACUUUGCAAAGGCCGCAGUACAAGGAACAUCCUUACGUCAAUUUGCAAUGGAAAAGACACUUGCUCGUUUAUUUUGAAUGAUAUCACCCUUAAAGGACAUUGCCAUGGAAAAGUAGGCCGGUCUAAGAUCAAGUUCAAGUGCACGAAAGGUGGUGUUCGCAGCCUUUCAGCCCAAAGAAAUGGUCGAUUGCAAAUGUCUUGCAAGAAGAGACGUGAAAUAAGGAUCUUGAAGGCAGCGUUCGGGGAAGGCAAGUGCAGAACACCCCACGCACACUGUGUACUGUCGCAGCUGUGUAAUGGUAAUAAGUCAUGCGAUAUCAUUGCUGACCAAAAUAGGCUUGAUAGUCCAUGCACAUCACCCAAAGCGAGGCUGCUGCUACAGUAUGAAUGUAUAAGGAGGCCAGAUGCACCAAUUCAGACAGCUUCAAUAGACGGGGGAAAAAUUUUGACAAUCCCUUCUUGCCCGAUGGAAAAGAAGCUGUCAAUCAUUCAUGCAAAGUAUGGUGAGAGUGGAAGAUGUCAAAUGUAUUGUGUCGUGUUUGCAUUAUGUAACGGGAAGCCAUCUUGCAUUAUUCCUAAUAUGGCUCAAUUCAGAAGGUCAUGCCCAGGCUCCAGCAGAAAACUCGAAGUUCGCUACCAAUGUGUGUGAGAUGCGCAAAACGAAGGUCUUGUCUCGGAUGUCAUUUUCAGCUUGCAAAGCAACAAAGCGUAGGGAAAGUUUUCUUCAAGAGUAUCCCUAGAAGAUGCUGAAACACACAACUUUACAUUUAACCAUAACCUUACAUUUUACUGCAAAAUUUAUCAACUACAAGACAUCUAGAAAUUUCCAACCUAAGAAUUAAUAAUUUUGAAAUGGGUAUGGUCGAUCGUACCAUGGAGAUAAAGAUUCAAUUUGGAUGAAAAAUGUGGCCAUAAAAUGGUAGAAAAUAAAAUGCACUGGAAAUUUUCUGAAAGAUUUUCCUUUUUUUACCACAGCGAAGCUACUAGGUAAAUGAGAUAUGUUCAAAUCCAUUUUUGUCAAAAAUGACGGUAAUUGUUGGUAAGAAAACUUGUUAAUUAAUCGUGUAGAACCAUAAAAUCGACUAGGUUAUAGAUUUUAUCAUUUUUAUUUGUAUUUUCAUAAUUAGGUGAAGAACGUAUUUAAGUUGAGAAAAUAGAUUGUAGAUAUUAAAAGAGAAAUAUAAAAUUUUUAUCUGAAACAUCGGUUUAGUUUGUGGAUAUUCAGUUUCUUUCUGGCCUAAAGUGUGAUUGAAGUUGCUGGUGAAAUUGACGAUAAACGAACCCAAGAGAACAUAUGUAUCCAGUAUUCCUGUAUUUUAACCUACACUUAUGUAUUACGUGCAAGGAUUAGUAUGUUAGUAGUGGAAAAGUUUUUAAACUGGUUAAACAAAAGAUGAAAUAAGUAUUUUAGCAGCAUGGGGUAAUUUGCGUAGUUGUCGACUGCUAUUAUGGUACACGUAUUUGUGUCCUGUGGUUGGUCCUCAGAUUUGGACCAGCAGUAAAGAGGAAAGAAUAUAGAAGAAAAUUAGGAUAAACAUUAAAAGCAACAUGGUUGUCGAAAGUUUCACAAACGUAUUUAGCAUGCUGCAGAAAUAUUUUGGUUUUAGCUCAAGUAGCUGUCUAUGCACAAAUUAAUUAUCAAUUAAUAAAUCUGCCACAGUAAAGCUAACGUUUUUACAAACUUGAACAUACCACUGAACAGCUGGCCUAACUCCAUUCCAGUCUUGCCCGUUGCCUUCUUUUGUUUGUUAUGGGUACAUUUGUUCAUGAACAGGAACUGGUUUGAAGAUGCUUCGAAAACCGCGAAAGUCGAGCAGGACCAAAGCGUCAAAGUCCACAGGUAUUCAUUUUUGAAUCAAAAUACCUCACAAUUCACGCAAGGUUUAUUUUUACGAAAUUCCUACCGUUAAAGUAACUUCUAAAUACAAUAUGUCAGGUAUCCAAUCAACGUUAUCGUAUUGUUCGAUAAACAAUACAAUUUAGGAUCUGAAACCCUUGUACUGCCACUUGGGACUGGGAAGCGAAGAUAAACAGACGGGUUGGCCAUUCUGGUUUCUCAAAACGGCAAAGUCCAUUUAUCAUUUGUCUCCAUUGUCACAAUGGUAAAACAUCUUUCGGGCCAAUUGACAUAUACAAUUGGCCAACUGUCAUAUACUUCAAUUUACAAGAAGCCAGAUUUGAUACUUUUUGCAAUAAUUGAAAUGAAUCUAACCGUCAAAAUGAAAGAGUUGACACACAGAAGCAUCAUCUGGAAGAACCUUCUCUUUAAAAUUUCAACAUACUGAGCUUCCCCCAAUGAACUGCUUGUCGCAAAAUCAUGAAGUUAAAUCGCACUUCUAAGCAUAUAUAAAACAGUUCAUUUUUACGCCACCAUUUAGCAUCUAAAUAAAGUCU